ACCCUCACCUACAUCUCUCCCCCUUCGACCGAUUUCCCCCAAAAAUCCUUCCUCUCUCUUCAUCGAGACUUGCCUGAGUCCCUACCCCUUCUCCUUUUUUUCGAGCCCACGCCGCUCUUCGGCUCUAGUCGGCGCUCCCGCCGGCGUUUCACUCCUCCCUCUUGCGACCGAGGCAUGUCUCCCAUCUCACGGGAAGUGUGCUCCCCUUGCCUCCUCUCCGCUUGAAACCGACGCCCGCCGCUCCUCUCCGCCGCUCCUCUCGUCUCCGAAAUGAACCCUGCCACCGGCACCUUACUCGUCGAUCUCCCUCACACGCGAGCCCUCCUACUGCCGGCCAGCCCUCACCUUCACUGCCGGCCGAGAUCCUCGUCCUCUCUUGGUGCUAUAGUUGCCAGUGGAGCUACCUCGCAAGGUUAAAACCUGCUCUAAAUCCGUCACCAGCAGCCCCUAAAGCUUGCGAGUGUAAGCAUCGCUUCUUGAACUCUACCAGCAUUUGUAUCUGUAAGUUGCUUCUUACAUCUUGUCCAAUUGGGACAAAGAGCCACACGAGAUGGCUAAAGAUGAAGUAAUCUCGCUAUCCCUUGGAAGAAAAACUAGAUCUUCCUCGCAUUUAUCGACUUCCACGGCCCAGCCCCCGCCCAACUGUGCAUAUCCCUAUUCUUCGCAGACCAAAUCCCCAGAACUAAUCCCUGGCCAGUACUCCUCAGAAGAUCCCAUCAGUUUGGAAACCCUAUUCUCUUCUCUUCCCGGAAGAAAGCCUCAAAUCCUUGAAAUUCUGCAGCUAGUUGGCCCCUUGAACUCACCCAUGUUCCCUCUUCUCAUCUAUGGAGGCACGUCCAAUGGCAAGUCCAUUUCCAUUCUUCAAACUUUUCGUUAUCUCAAUCGUCCUUUCGUUUACGCUGGUUUCCGAACAUGCUACUCCCCACGAAUUCUCUUUGAUUCCGUUCUGAGGCAAUUGCUUCUCUACGGAAGUAAUCUUGGCAAAGGAAAUUGUGGAAGCAAGCGCUGUGAAAAGCCAUCUGAAUUCAUUGAUUUACUCAGAAAUACUUUGGUUUCGGUGGUAAGGGCUCUCAGAGAAAGGAGGCUGAAACUGGGUUCUGAGAAUGAUAGAGGGGAAAUGAUCUACUUAAUAUUUGAUAACUUUGAGCUACUUCGCACAUGGGACAAGAGUUCUAACAUUGUCCCUUUGCUUCUCCGACUCCAUGAGAUCUUAAAGAUCCCUGAAGUUGGUAUAAUCUAUAUAAGUAGUUCUACUCCUGAUUCAUAUUAUUUGAGUACUGGUUCAGUUGAGCCGAUAACCGUUUAUUUUCCUGGUUAUACAUUGGAGGAUCUACACCAUAUAUUAAUGAUGAAUCAACCUAACCCAAAGCUGUACUCAUCUUUUCUCAGUGUGGUUCUUAAGUCAUUUUUUAGAGUCACCAGACGAGUUGAUGAGUUAUCAGUGGCAUUACAACCUCUGUUUCAGAUAUACUGUGAACCUUUAGCCGAUCUAUCUGUUGUUCCAGAUGAGGCUAUGAAGAGAAGGCUAUUUGAUAACCUUCAGCCAUACUUGAGUGUUUCACUCAAUGAUGUAUUCAAGGCCUCAAGCUGGUCUUCGCAUCAAUCUAAGCAAGAAGGAGAUUGCCAUCAGAAGGGAAUCAGAAAACCAAUUAAGAAGGGGGCCUCCAAUGAGCUGGACUUUCAUAUGUCAAUGUCACUGAAGUAUCUACUCCUGUCUGCAUUUAUUGCCUCGAGAAACCCUGCUACUCUUGAUGCAUCUUUGUUCGACUCCUCAGGAAUUUUAAUCAAUCGGAAACGGAAAAAGAACUCACAAAAUUCAAUGGAUCGGAAGGAUAGCAUGGCUGAAGAAAUAAUUUUGAAGGGACCUGGUAGCUUUCCUCUUGAAAGGUUGCUGGCCAUUUUUCAAUGUAUUGCCUCAGUUACUGAGGGCAUGGUUGAAGAAGAAGAGCAGUUUGAAAAUGGAGCUGCCAUUGAUGGUGAAAAUGUUGGGUUGACAUCUGAUGUUCUGUUGCAGUUAUCUACUCUCUACAAUGCUAAUUUUAUUUGCAAAGGUAGUAGUUGCCCUUUAGAAGGCUCUACGAGAUAUCGAUGUACUAUUGAUGAGGAAAUGGCUGUUAAGGUUGCAAGAAGUAUAAACUUCCCCCUGUCGAGUUAUCUUUAUAGAAGAUAAUUUGGGGAAAAGCAUUAUGGGCAGAUUAUUUUGAGAUAUGAGAAACGAAGAAAUAAUGCUAAAUUCAAUGGUGCAAGCAAAUCCUCAAAUUCUCCCUAAUGGAUUCUAGCAAAUGUGCAGAGGAAUUGAAAGCUGGAAACCUCGCAGCAACUGCAGCAUCCCAUUUCUUGUGCUUGUCCUCAGCAACUGCAGCAGUCACCUUCUUCUGCUCGUCCUUCAGGAUAGAUUUCACCAUUUGUGGAGUAAUUGAUAUGCCUGCUAAAAACUGCUAACUUCCCUGGAACUGCAUCAUCUAUAAACGAGAUUCUAGCAUGCUGGAUCCAAAGAGCUGCUGCUUGCAGACAAUGACAAUGUGUUUGUUGUCUUCAGAUAAGCCAUGGCCUUUAAAAGACUUGCCACAUAGUUAAUCAAAUGAUAGCUAUUGUUAAAAUUUUACUUCCAAAGUUUUUCAUUUCUUGUUAGUUUUUCGAAUUUCUGAAGCUUUUCAUGGACUCUAUAUAAUGAAUUAAUUUUGCCAUGUAUAAGAAAUUUGCUGCU